GAUUGCAGAGAAUAAGGGAAAACUUUGCAGAGAGAAGUUUGCAGCGAUGCCCUUACUGAGCCCUCUGCCAGAUCCCUGUAGGAAGGAAAGAUAGGGGCAGGAAGAGGAGGAAGAGGGCAGAAGACCAGCGCUGGAGGGGCCCGAGGCUGAGGGCAUCUCUCUUGGAACAGGAGGACAAGAUGAGCCUGUUGUCCGCUAUAGACACUGCGUCAGUAUACCAGCCUGCCCAGCUCCUGAACUGGGUCUACCUAUCCCUGCAGGACACACAUCAACCAAGUGCCUUUGACGCCUUCAGACCAGAGUCCACUUCUGCCUCCCACCAUGAUCUCAGCAGCUAUUCCAAGAGCCCCUCAGAGCUGAACUCCUCCAUCCACUCCAGCUAUCUCAGCAGCUUCCUGCAGCUCCAGAGGACUGAGGCACUGGGCAGUAGUCUUUAUAAAAAUGCAUCUCCUUAUGGAUCUUUGAACAACAUUGUGGAUGGGCUGAGUUCUCUAACUGAACACUUCUCAGAAAUUUCCCUCAACUCAGAGAACAGGAAACCCAGCAAGAGGCCUCCUCCAAACUACUUGUGUCACCUCUGCUUCAACAAAGGCCAUUAUAUUAAGGACUGUCCACAGGCUCGUCCAAAAGGUGAAGGUCUGACCCCAUACCAAGGCAAAAAAAGAUGUUUUGGAGAAUAUAAAUGUCCGAAGUGCAAAAGAAAAUGGAUGAGUGGGAACUCCUGGGCCAAUAUGGGUCAAGAGUGUAUAAAGUGUCACAUCAAUGUCUACCCUCACAAGCAGCGACCUUUAGAGAAACCUGAUGGUCUGGAUGUAUCGGAUCAAAGCAAGGAGCACCCCCAACAUCUGUGUGAGAAGUGCAAGGUUCUUGGCUAUUACUGCCGUCGUGUCCAGUAAAACAGCACAAAGAUCCUGGAGAGUUGAGGCGUGACAAGGGAAAGACAACAGCGACAUAGUGACUAGCGUAUACACUAAUAAUAUGCCUUAUGAGUAUUAGAAUGUAACAUUCUUCCUGUGUAUGUGUACUAUUUGUAUUUAUGAAGUAUUAGGGCUGUUUAACUGUUAACACAGUUGUCAUUUGCCUCCAGAUUUGCCCCAUUUUUCUGGGGUUCAAAACUAGGGAACUGGAUAUUUAAUGAUGCAAUUAAGAAUACUUCUCUAUAAUGUGACAUAUCUAGAAGUCUGCAGUUCAAAUAUUUUUGUCUUCCCUCCGAAAUACAGAAAAUUUGAUCUUAUAUUCUGUCAAUAGGUUGGAAUCCAUUAAAGGGGUAUUCCAGCAAUUCCACAGACUAGGGGAUAGCUCUUACUGGGACCCCCAAAACCAUGAGAAUGGCCCAAGAGAG